ACUAGAGAUGUUGGGGGUACCAUUAGGUGUCGGUUUCGUUUUCCUUACCACUGGGAUAUCGUUUGCUGUCACAGACACCAAAGUAUUGAUGGUGGCGAAAAGGGGAGAUGGAAGUGAGGUCAACAGCCUAUGGCAUACGGAAGGUGGCGUAAAUGAGACAUCUGCUGACAUGGUUGACUGGCCAGUGCGAGAUCUCGUGUCCUACGGGAUGUUCCGAAGCAGUGUGGUGGACAUGUGGCCGUAUGGAAACCCAGAAGAGGUGUCCGUAGAAGCAGUGAAUACCUAUGGGGACAUACUCUGGUGGGUCACGUUUUCAACACUUGGAACAGAGAAAGAUCUUUUAUCAUGGAUGCAACCCUCGCGUAUGCUCUCUUCGUCUUCACACGACAUGAUAGCAACCUCGGAUAGACAGAUAUACCACGGGAUCCCGGACACUAAGAUGCUGUUUGCAUUGGAAUCCGACCGGAACAUAUCAUGGUUCUACGUUGAUCAAAGUGAUCAGGUCCGUCCAAAGUUCUUCUUGACGAGAAACAAUACGUCAACACAAGACAUGUUUCCACCUAGUUCCGGGACUAGCUGGUGGGAUGACUAUCUAUCUGAGUAUUUACCGGAACAACAAUUGAUUCAGGUAGAUUUGUCGUCCUAUUCAGACACAGGAAAUAGCUACAUCUUCCUCACACGCCAGGUUGUAAAAGUAACCAAAGGUUUUUCCAUGUCCAGUCUACUGUACAAUAUAUACUUCGGCAUGUGGCCAUGUUCUACUGACUGGGGCGCCCCCUACCUGGACGAGACGGGACAGACCAUGAACUUCACGACCAAAUUAUUCACGUAUGAUAUAGAAACGACUACCGUACAGUGUUUAACUAUAGAUAUCCUGGAGCCAAUCCCAGCGAGCUCAAUGGUCUCUUUCACGGGCAAGACCGUCGUAGAUAGUUUUGUGGAGGCCCAGGCAUUAGUGGUGAUUGGAUAUUGGCCUAACGGAACGUUCCCAACCGAGAUUCCUUCCUCUACAUCUUCAAACACCGAGACAACAUUUGAAAUAACGACCGAGCUCCCUUCUUCUACUUCAUCAAACAUGGAGACCACAGUUGAAAUGACGACCGAGCUCCCUUCCUCUACGUCAUCAAACAUGGAGACCACAGUUGAAAUAACGACCGAAUUCCCUUCCUCCUCUACGUCAUCAAACGUCGGGACAACAGUUGCAAUAACGACCGGGUUUGCUUCCUCUGUACCAUCAAACAUCGAGACCACAUAUGAUGUGACGACCGAAGCACAUGCCACAACUGAAGGUCACGUUGGAACUACCGUAAAUAUUCAAACAACAACAACAGCAAUAACAACACAAAUCAGCCCGAUGACUACAAUGGCAUUUAUAAGCACUAGUGCCACAGAAAUAGAAACCACGAGCGGGACAAAUCAUAUUAAUUCUGUAGCAAAUAGUGUGACGGGACAGUGUUUCUGUUCCUGCCUAGUGACGAAGGCAAACAUCACAGUUAUCAGUGAGCAUGAGCUUCAGGCAAAGAUUUUGCAGCUAAGAAAGGAACUGACGGUGAACUACACGACACUGUCCUCCUACUACCGGAAAUUGAACAGUAUGCCCGACUCGCGCAUGUCUGCGCAGGGAAUUGGGUAUGUUGGUGUGGGCAUCAUUACGUCAUUCCUCUUCUUCGUCGUCUUCCUCGACCUUCAGUUCUUGGUAAACACUGCCAAGACCGUGAAAUAUAACCUGGAAAGCAAAGGCAAAGGGUCACCUUGACUGUACAUUCUUGCUUAUGGGCAGAUGUCUGAUUAUCUUCAAAGGCAAGAAAGUCAUUAACUCUUUACAGCAAAUGUGCCUUUUGCACAGAGAACCAACCUUAAACGCAAAACGUAUAUAUUGACGUUAAGGUCAAAUCAUCAAAGUUAAAGUUUACAAAAAGUACAAUCAACAAAUGAAAAUUAUUUCAAAACCUUUUACAACAAUUUUCUCGAAAUUUGGCUUAAUUGGUAGAUUCAGUUUUUUCCUACAGGUAUUGUUUGAGUUGUCUGUAUUUUGGGACAGAACUUGUCAGCAUUGUGGAACAGAUUGGUAUAUUGAGAGAAGUGAUUUGACUAAACGGCAGAAAUGCGGAAUCCCAAUGUUUCAGGAUACGGAAUACCUGCAUUCAGAGACCUUGGGUAUUUACAUGGUCUAGAACGUAAUGUCUUUAUUCUUUGUAAUAUCCAGCGAGUUUGCAUUAACGGAAAUGAGAUGGUUAUAUAUUUUAUAACAUAUUUUGAGGGUCCUUUGGGAAAGAAUGUUUCUGUAUUUUUGACAUUGGAAAGUUUUGUAUUUCGUGAUAAAUUAUCUUUAUAGCACCUGUAUAUGUUGAGACA